AUGGAUACCUUAUACAACCAAACCAACAAGGUAAUCCAGCAAACUCAACAGAGCUUUCAAUUAUUGGAAGGUAGCACAAAUAAUGCCUUGGAAGUUGAGGCUGAUAUACAGAGUAAAUUGGAGUUGAUAAACAGCAACUGUUCCAAAUUGGAAUUGUAUACUUUAAAAUUUCCAAUAGAUCAACGUCAAAAUGCAAAAAUGCGCGUUGAUCAACUCAAAUAUGACUGUAGACACCUUCAAGCUGCAUUGAUAGCUGCUCAGCAUAAAAGAGCUCGAAGGGAGGCGGCAGUAAAUGAAAGGGAACAACUCCUCAACAGAAGAUUUGCUCCAAACAUUGAUGCAACAGCUAUAAACAUUGAUUAUUCUAUUCAGCAUCAGAAUUCUUUACAUAAUGCACAUCAAGGUGUAGAUGAGAUGUUGCACACAGGUGUCAACACUCUGGAGUCUCUCAGGUCACAGAGGAUGACUCUCAAAGGGGCACAUAGGAGGAUUGUAGAUAUGGCAAAUACACUGGGAUUGAGCAAUCACACUAUGAAGUUGAUUCAGAAAAGAGCAUCUGAAGAUAAGGUUAUACUGAUACUUGGGAUGGUCAUCACUUUGAUUGUCAUUGCAUUAGUGGUUAUUUAUUUUACAUAA